AUGGAGUAUGGUGAUUGGGACCAAUCUUAUAAUGAAGUUCCCAGAUGGUUACAAGCUGCCCAACAAACUAAUCCCGGGACAAUUUUUCAACUUUCCGAUCCUCUAGUUAAUGUUGAUGGUGAGGAUGGGACAUCUACAUACAUUAUGGAACGUUACUUAUGGGCAUUUGGACCAUGCAUUGAAGGUUUUAAGUAUUGUAAACUUGUUGUUCAAGUUGAUGGAACUUUUUUAACAGGCAGAUAUCAUGCCACCUUGCUAACUACAAUUGCUCAGGAUGGAAAUAGAAACAUAUUUCCUUUGGCAUUUGCAAUAGUAGAAGUAGCUUGGAUUGAUAAAAUCCCCUUACAUAAGUGGUCUCAGGCUUAUGAUGGGGGACGGAGGUACACGCACAUGACAACAAACUUGACGGAGUGCAUGAACUUUGUGCUUAAGGGGGCUCGAUCGUUACCUAUCUGUGCACUAUUGAAAAUUACAUUUCAAAACAUAAAUGCUUGGUUUGUUGAACGCGGCUUAAAGGCAAACUCUAUGUUAAGAGCUGGUCAUCAAUAUCCAGAAGACGUCACUGCCUUGCUCCAACAAAAUCACCAGAAAUCUGCAUAUUGUCAUGUUCAACGCUACGAUCGAGAUAAUUCUGAAUUUGAGGUGCAAGAGAUAUCGAGCCCCCAUCAAUAUCGGCCAAAACCAAUCUCAUUCACUGUCAGAUUAAAUGAUUGGUGGUGUGAUUGUGGUCACUUCCAAGCUAGUCAGUUACCUUGUCAUCACGUCAUAGCUGUAUGUUUAUUUGGUCAUAUGCCACUUUCAAAUUUUAUCGAUCUAGUUUACAGCCUUGAUUACAUAAAUAAGGCUUAUCAAGUCCAAUUCCACCCCCUGCGAAAUGAGGACUAUUGGUCAACAUAUACAGGUCCUAAUUUCAUUCCGGACCCCCAAACUAAGCGCAAGGCUUCCGGACGACCUACAACGACUAGGAUCCAUAACGAAAUGGAUCAACCCAUUAUGGAUAAACCAAAAAAAUGCUCUUAUUGUCGCAUUGAGGGUCAUCAUAGGGGACAAUAUCCAUUUCGCCAAUAA